GCAGUUCUGCUUCAAACCUCGGAACGUCGGGACGAACACAGUAUAUAUAUAAAUUCGGAAGCUUUUUUGUUGCCGGCAUUUCGUUUUUUCUUUUCGUUGGGAAAAAACAGAUUUUGAAAUAAUUGAAAAUUAACAGAAAAUGAAUUUAAAUUGAAACACGGAUAUUAUUUGUUACAUUUUCCUUAUACGUAAACCAGUUAUACCAGCAAGCAUAAAUUUAAUAAAACGCUUUUGAUAUAUUGAUUUUUUAUAAAUUAAAGUAGAAAAAUAAAUGAUCUGAUAAUGUUUAGUAAUCGUUGUAGUAUACAAUACAUUGAAUUUAAUUCAAUAGUAACUUACAUUUAUGUGGCUAGAGAACUAUAAAUAAUUUACAGAGAGACUUGUGUUUUCUAUACUAUGUAAAUAAGUCGGGUAUUUUCAAUGGACUUGCCUGCGUACCACAUACAAAAACAGAAUUUUUUUUAUUGUAAAAUGGAUAUAUGAAAUUGAAAACCACACCAAAGAGGAUAUUUAUUAUAAUCAAGCUGGAAUAUAUUCAACGUUCAUUUUUUGUAUUAACAGUGUUUUUAUGAACCAACCGUACCAACCAUAUCUUAUGACAACAAAAAUCUACACUACCUAACUUUUUACCUAAGUGCAAACCAAUGGACCAACUUUAUAUAAAUUAGAUGUAGAAAAUUGUAAUCUCCAAAUCUCCAAAAGAAAAUUAGUCAAAAGGCAGAGAGAUGUCUAUGCUUUGAUGUGAUUAAAAAUUAAUAGUAAACAUAAUUGAAACCAUAUUAAAAACGUAGAGCUUAUUAUAUUGUAAUAAAUGAAAGGUCAAUUAAAAUUUUAAACCAAUAAUUUAUUUAAAUUAAAUUAUAAAAUCAAACAAUUCAGUUAUAAACAUAAAACAAAGUGGAAGAAAAAAAAGAGAGAGAAGAAAGCUAGCUCAUCAAAAUUUCAUUCAAUUUUAUUAAAUUUUAACUGUGAAAAUUCAAUUAAAUUAAAAACAUUCAGGUAUGUAUUUUAUGGCUAACUAUUAUCCUUUCAACUAUAAGUCCAUUGUGUGUUGAGUGUCAUGAUGUGUUGAUGUUACCAAUGAAAUAUAUAAAAAGAAAAAAAUAGAUGUUAUACCAAAUGAACGAAACUUUUUCACCUGUAUUCAUGUAUCGUAUAACUAUAUAGACCAAAAACUGAUUGGCUAAUGUGUUAGUCUGUUAUUUUACACACAACCUUGGUUACACACGCUACAUUGUAGUAAAUGUAUAAAUCUUCAACCUAUUGCUACACUAUUAAUGUCCAUGUUCUUCUUUCGACUGCACAACUUGCAACGUGAACAAGAAAAUAAGCGAAAAAAGUCAGCCGAACGUCAACGACAACGACGCGGUGGCAAGGUGUUUCGAUGCGUUAGCGAUUCAACUGGUCAUUUGACUUUAGCACCAUCACGGCUAUUCGAAAGGACACCGAUGAGCCCAUCGGAUAGUUUGGAUGAAAUUGCACUCCAAAUACCGAGAGUCCGAGUGGAGUAUUAUGUAAAUGAAAAUACAUUUAAGGAAAGACUGCAACUAUAUUUUAUAAAAAAUCAGAGAUCAAGCCUACGAAUACGAAUAGCAAAUUUAUUUUUUAAGCUGUUAACCUGUUUUCUAUACAUAUUUCGUGUGAUAGCUGACCUAGAUCCAACAUUUGCGACUUGUUUCGGUUGUACAGUAGGAAAUAAAACGGAAUUCUUCGAAUCAGCCACGCUAACGGAAGAAGAAUUUCAAGAAAAUCCAAUCAUCAAUUGGGAUGCGAUAUUGUGGGUAAAUCGACCGGUUGAAUUGUGGGCUGUACAGUUAGUCUUAGCACUUAUAUCACUGACAGAAGCACUUCUGUUAACAUAUCUCGGAUACAAGGGAAAUAUUUGGCAGCAAAUCCUAUCAUUUCAUUUUAUACUAGAAUUGGUGACGACAAUACCGUUUGCAUUGACAAUACUAUGGCCUCCAAUGAGAAAUUUAUUUAUUCCCGUAUUUUUAAAUUGUUGGCUAGCGAAACGAUCGUUGGAAAAUAUGUUUAAUGAUUUGCACAGAGCGAUGCAAAAGUCUCAAUCAGCAUUGUCGCAACAGUUGACUAUUUUAUCAGCGACGCUGCUGUGUCUUGUCUUUACCAGUGUUUGUGGCAUACAACAUUUUCAAAGAGCUGGACACAGACACUUGAACUUAUUCCAAAGUACCUAUUAUGUUGUUGUUACGUUCUCAACAGUCGGUUAUGGUGAUUUUGUGCCCGAUAUUUGGCCAUCUCAACUAUACAUGGUCAUCAUGAUUUGUGUGGCUCUGAUCGUUCUGCCGACACAGUUUGAACAAUUAGCCUUUACAUGGAUGGAACGACAAAAGCUGGGCGGUAGUUAUUCAUCGCAUCGUGCUCAAAGCGAAAAACACGUAGUUGUCUGUUCAACAACACUGCACGCAGAUACAAUAAUGGACUUCUUAAAUGAAUUCUAUGCACAUCCAUUGUUACAGGAUUUUUAUGUUGUGUUGUUAAGUCCUAUGGAACUAGAUACAACAAUGCGAAUGAUCCUUCAAGUUCCAAUUUGGGCGCAACGAGUUAUUUACAUUCAGGGAUCAUGCCUUAAAGAUGGUGAUUUAGCUAGGGCUAGAAUGAAUGAAGCCGAGGCGUGCUUCAUUUUGGCAGCAAGAAAUUAUGCGGAUAAAACGGCUGCUGAUGAACAUACAAUAUUAAGAUCAUGGGCGGUAAAGGAUUUCGCUCCGAAUGUGCCACAAUAUGUACAAAUUUUUAGGCCUGAACAUAAAUUGCACGUAAAGUUUGCUGAGCACGUCGUUUGUGAAGAUGAGUUUAAGUAUGCGUUGUUGGCGAACAAUUGUACGUGUCCCGGUGCCAGUACGUUAGUCACAUUGAUUUUGCACACAUCACGGGGACAGGAAGGCCAACAAUCGCCUGAAGAAUGGCAUCGUCUCUACGGAAAAUGUUCCGGCAACGAAAUCUAUCACAUAAUUUUGGGCGACAGUCGAUUCUUUGGAGAAUACGAAGGCAAAAGUUUUACAUACGCAAGUUUUCACUCGCAUAGAAAGUAUGGCGUUGCAUUGGUGGGCGUUCGACCAGCAGAAUUACCCGAAUUCUACGAAGAAACCAUACUGCUAAAUCCCGGUCCCCGACAUAUAAUGAAAAAGGAUGAUACCUGCUACUACAUGAGCAUAACAAAAGAAGAGAAUUCGGCUUUCGUUGUAAAUCAAAAUCAAACUCCAACCACAUCGGAUCCACCGAAAGAGGUUUCGACCAGCAAUAACAACAUUAAGUCUAUGAAUCCUCAAAAUAUGGCACCAGUGCCAACUGUUUGUGUUCGUGUACCCCAUAGUCCAAGUUUAGGAUCACUACCGACUUCCCCAUUGAAGAAACAACAAAAUGACAGUCAUUUUACAGCACUGGCUGUGCCCACCGACGCUUUGCAUUCAAUAACCACCAGCGAAUCGAAACAAAAUUUAAAAGACACCACUGAAACAACAAACGCUGCCACACCAGCUGCAACAAUAACAUCUCAUUCAACAGGAAAUCAUUUAGAAUUACCAUCAAAUAACAAUCCAAAUCUCUUGAGUCCCGACAUUCUAAAUCAACGAAGAGGGAGUCGACGACCGUCAAUUCUACCCGUUCCGGAUAUGUUCACGUCGUCAUCGUUUAGCAUAUCGGGCAAUGAAGAUGGCGAGGAGGGUGAUGAGAGUGAAGAUGAAUUGGAUGACGAUGUGCCAUGGCGAUCACCGUCGGAAAAAAUUGCCUACUUCACCGGUAACUUUUCCCAAUUAAGAACUUAUUCGCUCGUUAUGAGCUCAUCCGCGGAAACAAAUCCAUAUAGUACAACAACUGAUGAUUCACCUGAGUGUUCACCUCCUGCAUGGCAUGCUGAUUGUUCUCGAAUCAUCAAAGGAUUUCCGCCAGUGUCUCCGUUCAUCGGCGUCAGUCCGACGUUAUGCUAUUUGUUGAAAGAAAAGAAACCACUGUGCUGUCUGCAAUUGGCUCAGGUAUGCGAGCACUGUAGCUAUCGAAAUGCAAAGGAAUAUCAAUGGCAGAAUAAGACGAUAAUUCUGGCGGCCGACUAUGCAUCAAAUGGAAUCUACAAUUUUAUCAUUCCACUUCGCGCUCAUUUUAAAUCGAAGACAUCGCUAAAUCCAAUCAUUUUAUUACUCGAACGACGACCGGAUGUAGCCUUCUUAGAUGCAAUUUCAUUUUUCCCGCUAGUCUAUUGGAUGUUAGGCUCGAUCGAUUGUUUGGACGAUUUGUUGCGAGCAGGAAUUACGUUAGCCGAAAACGUUGUCGUUGUAAAUAAAGAAUUAUCAAAUUCAGCCGAAGAAGAUAGCUUAUCGGACUGUAAUACCAUUGUUGCGGUGCAGACGAUGUUCAAAUUUUUCCCCAGUAUUAAAAGCAUAACUGAGCUGUCGCAGAGCUCAAAUAUGAGAUUUACACAAUUCCGUGCACAUGAUAAAUACGCCCUGCAUUUAUCGAAAAUGGAGAAGAGAGAGAAAGAACGAGGAUCACACAUAUCCUAUAUGUUUCGACUUCCAUUUGCCGCUGGUUGUGUUUUCAGUGCAUCAAUGUUGGAUACACUACUAUAUCAGGCCUUUGUCAAAGAUUAUGUGAUAACAUUCGUAAGACUAUUGUUAGGAAUCGAUCAGGCGCCAGGAAGUGGAUUUUUGACUUCGAUGAAAAUUACUAAGGACGACAUGUGGAUCCGAACGUAUGGUCGUCUAUAUCAAAAAUUGUGUUCAACAACGUGUGAAGUACCGAUUGGCAUUUAUCGUACACAGGACACAUCGAGUGCAGAUGCAUCACAUGUGAGUAAUUCGCCUGUUGAUAGAUGGGGACCAUUUUCAGCGUUUGGCAGGCAUUGUGUGCGAUUGCGACCAUCGUACGAUGAGGAAUCUGGCCAACCUGCGUCAGGCAAACAGGCAUCAAGUGAAGGCGGUCUACGCGGUGUCACAUAUAGACCGCCUGGACAUUCAAAAUCAACAACUUGUUUAGGUAGCUGUACUGAGAGAAGAGGAUCAUCAUAUUCAAUCAAUAUGACAGACGAGGCUCGUGAUAAUCAUGCUCAACAAAUCGAACGAGCCGAAAUAGCUAAUCUAGUUCGUAGUCGUAUGGAAUCUCUGAAUUUGCCGGGCGUAGACUAUGAUGACGUUAGUGAGAAACGUAACAGUUUGUCUUACGUGAUCAUAAAUCCCAGUUGUGAUUUAAAGUUGGAAGAAGGUGAUAUUAUAUACCUUGUUCGUCCAUCACCAUUUUCAGCACAAAAAACAUUCGAGCGACAUAAUUCACGACGUAAAUCAAACAUAUCGUUCUGUUCGAAUUUGAAUAUGGCAGCUGCUGGUGCAGCUGGAUCACGUCGUGGAUCCGGUUUUCAGUUAAAUUCGUUGCAAGGAGUAUCUGGGUAUGGAACGCCACGUGCACCAUUAGUUACCACUAAAUCCAAUUCUCUUUCCUUACCCGAUAGCCCUACGCUUGUUGGACAAACCAGAGGACGCAGCAAUUCAUUAAGGAUUGACAACGAUAUCUUGCUCCGACGAUCAAAUUCGUUGAGGCAAGGUUUGCCGAAUGUCGGCGUUUCGGGACGACGAAAAUCGUCUCUCGAAGAAAUUGGCAUCAGUCAUUUCACCACACUGAUGCAGGCCAGCAAUCAUUCGAAUCCAAUAAAAAUUGCAUUGAAUGGCAGCAUCGGACUGGAGGUAACACCUCCGGAAGAACCGUUGCCGGUGUUGGGUGUACCCUGCAUGAGUAGCGGAAUAAUUCCGUCAGGUUUCGGUGGUUCAAAUUUGGGCUUAAGUUCAAUGGACAGCAUGUCUUCGAUUCAAAUACCAUCGUCUGACGAACAGCGACCGCAACAAGCACCAUCGCCACAGCAUCUACAAGGUACGAUAGUAUGAUAUAACCUAAUGUGGGGCCGUAGGCUCCGUUCAGCAGUCGGUAAAAAUAAGUGGAUUUAGUGAAACCAAAUGAAUUCGUAUCGAUCAUACCAACAACGGUAAUAAAUUUGUGUGGGUGUGUGAACAUUGAGUCUCGACUAAAAUUACGCUAAAAUGUUGAUGCUGGAGAAUGGAAAAUUGAUGAGACAAUUUAAGGGAGUGAUAAGUAUUUUUGUACCAUUAAUAAUGGUAAAAUGUAAAACGGUGACAGGUGACAGGUAGUUCAAUAAGUGAAAAUUGAAAUUAUCGGAAAUAUUAAAGAAAAAAAAAAUUGUAAAAAAGGAAAAUAUUAUUUGGAUUAUUAGCUGUUUUAUUUGCCAACAUUUUAUCAAAUGAACGUGUUUUGGGAUCAAAUUAUGUAAAAAGAAAAACGAAUUCGUUUGAACAUUUGGAACGAAUGUUGUAAUGUUUGAAAUCCACAAACAUCUACUCAAAUAGAAAUAUUGUACAUAUUUUUUUCAAACAAAACAAAUUUUACUUUCUAAAGUCACUCUAAUUCAAACAGGAUGUAACGAACGGACUGUAUACCCCACCACACCAUAACAAAAAAAAUAAAAUUACGAACUUAUCGCCAAUUCCCUAAAUCUAUUCAGACCGGUCAAAACAUAAAAAAAAAAUAUUUUCACGACAAAUCCUGAGUGAUUAUCCUUAACCUGUCACAUUCAUCUGUUAUCGAUAACGACGAUAAAAAUAAUGACAAGCUCUGGGUAGUAUGGUAUGAAGUACAAGAUUUUAAAUCAACCGACUGAAAAUACUUGGAUCAAUGGAAGUAAUAGACCCGAUAAUAAUACUGGUCAUAUGCAUGACGUGUGUGACAGGUUAAAUCGGCACCACCAAUAAAUCUGUUUAACAAAAUUUGAUGUCUAGCUUAUACAGUCUUAAAAGAGCGUAAAAGAGAGAAAAAUGACCAGUUGCUUAACUGGUUUCGAUGGGUGAUACGUCAAAAAUCGUAUGUAAAAUUCCAGUUAACUACGAACAAACCAGUUAAUUUAACUGAGCUCGAUGGGUGAACACCCUUUUUGACAUUCUCUUUUAACACUAUAUACAACCCGAGGGUGAAAACGCUCCAGAAAGUCUUCACGCAGAGCCCAUGCCACUAUACACAUAAAGUAAAAGUUAUUGGCUCAGCUUGACUCUCUGCUCCAUACAAUGUCACAAAGACAAAGUAUACAUCGUUUUUCGAGGUAAUUUUCACUCGACACAACCGCAAACUACUCUGGGGGAAGAUGAAUUUAAAUUGUUGCACCAGCCAUGAAUCAAUUAUUUUGAUAAAUUUACGUCGUUUUUGAGCCUUGCUAAAUAAAUGAGUUUUUUUUUGUCGGAUUACCAAAUAUUUCGACCACGGUUCAUCGUCAUCGUCAGUGGUUUGAUCUGAAAACCAAAUAACAUUCUAGAACAAAUGUUCUCACAAACUUACACGUACAUUAACUUAUACCUUAUCGGUAUGGUCGAAAUAUUUGGUAAUCAAUAAAGACAACUGAGCUAUUCCGACAAAAAAAUCUCAUUCAAUUAUUUUGACAAUUUUUGUAGACUUCAAAAGAGGGUUUGCGCUGUAAGCCAAUAAAAACAAUUAUCCGGAAAGCUCUGAACCAUCAAAUUUGCGUUUUUGGUUAAUGCUUUCAAUCUCAAUUUAUUCCUGUGCAAGCCUUCAUUUUCAGUUCUUCUCGUGUUUCUAUGUCUGCAAGCAUAUAAAAUUCAUUGAGAUUCAAAAGUUGAAAAUUCCAGUUUUUGUGAAUUUAGUGACGGUAUGCCUCAGAUCAACAAAUGUUCCACAAAUUUUCUUUUCUUUUGGUACUUUUCGACUAUUCUCAUGGCGGUAAUUCAUUUGUCAGGGCAGGCAGAUUUUGGAAAUCUUUCAAAUUUCAUUAACUUCUUUGUAAAAGUGACCGAUGGAACCAACAGUGAAGAAAAACUCGACAUUCAAAUAUUUUGAGUUUUGCGGUUCUCGUUGCAUCCUGUUUACAUUGAAAUCAAUACUUUAGCCCGUAGAUCAACGUAAUAUUUAAACAAAAUUUAAAAAUGAAAAUCCUGUAUUGAUUCGACUAUAUAUUUCCUAAGUCGUAAAUGAAUGAAAACCAAAAAUUAUUUUCAAGUAAAAAGUUAAAUUGAAAAAUAAAAUUUAAUAAAUUUUCUAAUUAGCAACAAAAUGAUGCUCAUCAAAACAAUUUUAUUGUUUCAUUUAUAUUAAUUAUUGACUGACUAGCUUAACAAUGUGUAUGAACGAUGACUCUGUAAAAUCAAAAUCAUAUUUAAUUUUAGGACAAUUUUCACUUGAUAUUUCAUUUAGUCGAAGAUAGAAAUGGAAUUUUAUUUCAUUUUCGUUCAAACAAAAUCGUUUUCUUCAAUUAUUCUAGUCGCCUUAGCUGAAAUUUUCUUAUUCAAAAUAAAAAGAAAAUUUAGAAAAGUAGGGGUUUUGUCGUAUUAAAUUAAAAAUUGCUGUUAUAUAGAGCGAUCUACUGAGGGGGUUAGAGAAAAAAGAGAACAAUUACUACACUUUGGGCAGUAUCCAAUAAACAUAAAUUCCACAGUGGAAUCCAUUCUUUGUAUAUACCAAUAAUAUGGCAGUUUCAAUGAUCAAUUUCAGUAAAUUAUUGAUUUAAAAAAUCGCAACAACAUUUUCGGCGUGUCUAACGUUCAACUCGUCAUUAGAACAUUCUGUGAUUCACAUUUCAGUGUCAUUACCGAUCACCUUAGAAAAGAGAGAAUCAAAAGCUUACAUCUCAGUGAUGCAAAUCUCAAAUGAUGCGAGACUCCGAGACUAUGCGGAUGCAUCGUAAGAUGACGAAACUUUUUUAACUAGUAGCAUCUAAGAAGGGACAACUUGCAAUAAAACUCUUGCCUGUAGUAAUAAGUAACAUCGGGGGCAAAAUUACUGAAGGUCGUAACUACCAUUAUGGCUAUUAGCUCUCAAACUACUCCACCGAUUUUCAUUACUUUUUUUCACUGAAAUAAUUAUUUCUGAUUUUUUGAGCUCCAUAUAAGCUAUAUCCGACUCAAAGUUUGAAAGUUAUGGUUAAAAAAAAACUACUGUCAAUAACUACCACUACUGUGCUGGAGGGUGCAGCGAAAUAAAAAAUAUUUUAGAAUGUUUCAUGAGUCGAAAUCAUCAGCGAAACAUUUUAUUUAAUGUCGUCCCGCUUUUUAUUGUUUUUGAAAAAAUAUCGUCAUGGUGAUUGCUAUGGACCUACCUCAUGAUUUUUCUCCAUUUAUGAUCUACUAAGAAAACAUUGAUAUAACUCAAGUUGCGGCGAUGGUAUGUCCUUAACAUUUGUCCAUUUUUUUGGGUUUUCCACUCUAUAUUCCGAACUGUAGGUCGGAUGGUCUCAAUAUGGGUCUCAACUCAAAUUACAAAUAAUUCUAGGCGAAAAAAGUUUAUGAAAAUCGGUUGAGUAGUUCUAAAGAUAUGGUAGUGAUUACCCUUUAGUAAUGUUGUCCUCUAUAAAUAUCAAGUAGGUAGCACGAACUUGGUGUAAGAUUUUGCACAUUUUGAUCUGUAAACUCGGCUCAACAGAGAUUGCAAUAUUCCUCAGAUUUAAACUCAGAAUCAUGGUACGAUUUUCUCUUCCAAUCAGUAGAUGCUGUAGAAGCUCGAAAAUUAUUUGUUUCAAUCAAUAAAAAUUAGUUACCAAACAAAAUCACUUAAGUAAUUACAACCACCACCCUUAAAACUGAACUCGUUCGAAAAUUCAAUAAAUCAAUUUGCGAUUCAUAUCACUAAAUCAACCAACCAACUUCGUGAUGUUUGUUUUUUUUUCCAUUAUUUUUACAACUUCUUUCCACUGUACAUUUCCCGUUGUGCGUGUCAUAAUUUUUGUUUUUAAUUUUUAAUGUCAUUAGUUCGAUGUAGUGAGGUGCGCCAUUACGUUGUCAUUGUUGAUAAUUUUUGUUUAAAUAGAAAAAUUUGAUUAUUUUACGAACUUUGUUCAAUUUAAAUUUUUAUUGACGGUCGACACGAGACAUUUAUAAUUAUAUCAAAAAUAAUAAUAAUAAUAUCAACAUGUCGAGCAUGUCGAAUAAAGCUUUGGUAUACUGUGAACGCUUUACUUAAAAAAAGAGAGAAACAUUAAAUUAAAUGAAAAAUUGUAAAUAAAUUCGUUAAGUUUUGAAACAAAAGAGAAAUGAAAAAUAAAAUGAAAAUUUCUAAGAAAAUCUUAAAAGUU